CGUGCAUACACAACUUCUCUAUUACUAGACCAAAACUUCUCAUCACUUGUGGCUAUAUAUAUAGAAAGCCCACAUGUUCCCCUUUUCUCCUCAAAUCACCACUUCAAGUUUGCUCAUAAUAGGAAAAACACCACUUCAUUGUUUCUUUACUUAAGCUUGCUAAACAACUAUGUUCCCUCUUCUCUACCUUCUCCUAGCUCUUCCCAUCAUCCUAACCCUCCUGUUUCGUCCCCGAAACCACAAGAAAGCCAACACUACUAGUUCUCGUUACUGUCUCCCACCUGGUCCUCCAUGUCUUCCCUUCAUAGGCAAUUUGCUCCAAAUCGAUGGUUCCAUUCCUCAUAUCUCUCUGAGGCAGCUCUCUCGCGUGUACGGACCUCUCAUGUCGUUGAGACUGGGUCGUGUUCGAGUCCUCGUGGCCUCCUCGGCCAGAAUGGCCGAGGAGGUCCUCAAAACACACGACCUCGCCCUCUGUACCAGGCCUCCAAGGGCAGGCCAGCAAAAACUGUCCUACAACGGCAUCGACUUGGCAUUUUCGCCGUUUGGUGUUUAUUGGAGGGCGAUGAGGAAAACAUGUAUAGUCCAUCUCUUCAACUCCAACCGAGUCCAGAGUCUGGCUCCCAUUCGUGCUCAAGAGGUUCGCAAAGUGAUGGAGAAGGUAUCGAAAUCAUCGUUCGAGUCGAAACCUUUCAACUUGUCGGAUGCCAUGAUUUCCCUAGCCGGUACGAUCGUUUGUCGUAUGGCUUUCCACAAGGGGUCGUACGAGGAGGUUGGUGAAGAGGGAAGUAGGGUCCAAGGUUUGAUAAAUGAAACCCAAGCCAUGUUCACAAGCUUCUUCUUCUCCAACCAUUUCCCUCUCCUGGGGUUUGUUGAUAGCCUCACGGGGUUGAACCGUCGUCUUGAUAAGACUUUCCAAGAACUUGACCGGUUCUGUCAGGAAACGGUUGACGAGUAUCUGAACCCAAAUAGAGUAAAGCACGAGCACGACGACGUUUUGGACGUUUUGGUUCGAACCAUGAAUGAUGGGUCCUCUAGGUUCCGGCUCACGGUGGACCACGUCAAAGCAAUUGUCAUGCAGAACUUAUUUAUCGCCGGGACAGAUACAGCAGCGGCUGCUUUGGUAUGGACAAUGACAUACCUAAUGAAGAAUCCCACAGCAAUGGAGAAAGCUCAAGAAGAAGUACGACAAGUCGUUGGAAGGGACAAAGGUUUUGUAGAUGAACAAGAUGUCAAACAACUACCUUACCUUAAAGCUGUGGUCAAGGAGACAAUGAGAUUGCAACCUCCGGCUCCAUUGCUAAUCCGAGAAUCAAAUGAAGAUUGCAUCUUAGGCGGGUACACAAUUCCACCUAAGACCGUGGUUCAUGUCAAUGUAUAUGCCAUUGGAAGGGAUCGAGAAAUUUGGGGAGACGAUUCUGAAGAGUUUAGGCCGGAGAGAUUCAUGGAAAAGUCGGUUGAUGAUAAUAAGAAGGGCUUGGAUUUCGAUAUGGUGCCGUUCGGAGGUGGAAGAAGGAUGUGUCCUGGAAUGCACAUGGGGCUUGCAAUUGUGCAUCUCACUCUGGCUAAUUUGCUUUAUGGGUUUGAUUGGGGAAUGCCGGUUGGAAUGGAGAGGCAAGAUCUGGAUAUGGAAGUGAUUUUGGGCCUCACCAUGCACAAGAAAAAUGCUCUUUGCCUUAUGGCAAGAAAAUAUGUAUGAAGGCAAAAUAGGCUGGUGUGAUAAGGGCACCUUUUUGUUUAUGUUUUUUUGUGUCUUUAUGGGGUUUCAUACAAGUAAUCGAAGCGACUCUGAUAUAUACAUGUAUCCCUGUUCAUCUGGAUGCUCGGUUUGACUUGGUAUAAUUAUCACAGGCUUAUAUUUUUUUUUACAAAUCUAAUAUAUAUUUUGUGUUUAAAA